AGCUUCUCGCGCUCCUCCGCCGGCUCAACGAGUCCUCAUGCUUUCAGGCAUCUGCUCAUGUCACAUCAAAAGCAUGUGGGCCAGAAGGAGCCUUUCGAGUGAGGAUGUCUGCCAUGAAGCGUCGCAGCAAGACAUCAGCGGCUCUUCUGCUCCCACGGGUCUCCUCCAACCAGUGGAAGAAUGCAGACGUUCUUUCAUCGUUCGCCUCCUCUUCUUCCUUGUCGCUGAAGCGAAAACCCGUAGUGGCCAUUCACUCGAGCAUGUACAUUACUGCCUACGUGGCGUAUGCUGUUGCCAUAGCCUCGAUGAUGCUUGGAAGAAUUUCAGAUGCGCAGGGGCUGCUUACGUUUGCUAUACAGCUAGGAGCAAGGAUAGAGCAGCGAGGUAGGGGAGGACUGAUACAAUCUCAUGAAGGCCGAGAGUGCAAGAACUGGGAUGGAGAGCUGGGAGAAAGCAGCCUCAAGAGGAUGAUUGAGGACGCACGCGAGCUCUUCGAAUUCAUUCGCAGAGAGGGAAGUUUCCCCAAAGAGGAGAACAGGUCGAACGUGAGACUUGCUACUUCACACCAGUCGCGGCCUUCCACCUCGAUGAGGACGCGAAGCUCUAAGGGUUCGAGCCUACGGGAAACAACAAGCGACGUGGGUGGGAGACUGCUUCUUCCUCCUCGACCCCAUUCAGCGCUUGCGCGGAUCGAACAUGGACAUUGAAAUGAGAAGGAAGUUCAAUUGUUGUGGCAAUGCAUCAGGGUUGUGUAGAUGAAGUUUUAUUCUUGUUUUUGCUGUUGUAUAUUGUCAAAACUACAGGGCCUUGCUG